AUGUUACACAAUAUUUCGCGCCUUCGGUUGAGCAGGCGAAAAGUGUUUACCAACAUACCAUGCUUGCAGUGUCCGCGAAGGAGAUGGUUUUCGCAGCACGCGGCACCGCCAGAAGUGGACAUUUCACUCAGUACCGGGCGCGUGGUUCGGAUAUCGUGCGGAAAGUAUGCGCGCUUUGCCGAUGGUUGCUCCGUCGUAACGAUCGGUGAUACGGCCGUGAUGGUAACGGCGGUGGCGAAGCAAAAGUCUCAGAACUCAUCCUUUCUACCGCUGGUGGUGGACUACAGGCAAAAGUCGGCAGCCGCUGGCCGGAUACCGACCAACUUCCUGCGCCGUGAGAUGGGCCCGUCGGAAAAGGAAAUUCUUGGCGCACGGCUUGUCGACCGUUCGAUCAGGCCACUGUUUCCGGCCGAGUUUCGGCUCGACACGCAGAUCGUUUGCAACAUGCUUGCCAUCGACGCCAGCAACCCUCCGGACGUGCAGGCCAUCAACGGAGCUUCGGCUGCCCUUGCUGUCAGCGAUAUACCGUGGAAUGGCCCGGUUGGGGCCGUCCGUCUCGGACUCGUCGAUAACGAAGUGAUCGUGAAUCCCACGCGCCGGGAAAUGCAGCUCAGUGCCCUCGAUCUCGUGGUAACGGCCACCCGCCAGAAUCUGGUCGUCAUGAUCGAAGGUCGCGGCGACGUGGUGAACGAGAACGAGAUUCGAAUGGCGAUCAAACGGGGUACGAAAGAGGCACAGCUCAUCGUCAACGGUAUCGAACGAUUGCAGAAGGCUUACGGAAAACCAAAGCGCACCCUAGAAGCGGUCCCGGCCGUGGACGAUGAAAUCGUGCAGGCAGUGCGCACGAUGGCGGAGAUGCGAUUGCGGGAAAUAUUUCGCGAUUUCACGCACGAUAAGUUUAGUCGCGAUCAAGCGGUGGGCAGUGCGCGGACUGACACGAUCGACAAGGUGUGGUCGAGUUUCCCGACCACUGAUCCUGCGCUCAUCGGGGAAGCGUUUAACAAGUUCGUUCGCCACGUCUUCCGGGAGAUGGUACUCGAGGACAGUGUCCGGUGCGAUGGCCGUGGCUUGGAUGAUCUACGGCCAAUCAACUGCUCGGUGAACCUGCACAAACCGCUGCACGGCUCGGCGCUGUUUCAGCGAGGGCAGACACAGGUUUUCGCUACCGUGGCCCUUGAUUCACCCGAAAGUGCCCUGCGGCUCGAUGCGAUCACGUCGCUCGAUACGGGGCUGAAGUCGAAAAAUUUUUUCCUCCACUACGAGUUCCCACCGUACGCGACGGGGGAAACGGGUAAAAUUGGGCCGAUCGGGCGACGGGAAAUCGGCCACGGUGCGCUGGCCGAGAGGGGGUUGGUACCGAUCGUUCCCGGGGAGCAUCCGUUUACGAUACGGCUCACAUCGGAGGUGCUAGAGUCGAACGGGUCCAGUUCGAUGGCGACCGUUUGUGCCGGUUCGCUGGCACUAAUGGACGCCGGCGUUCCAGUAUCGGAAUCGGCAGCCGGUGUCGCGAUCGGAUUGAUCACCAAGUACGAAAACGAUGACACCAAACACCUGCAGGACUAUCGCAUUCUGAGCGAUCUGCUCGGCAUCGAAGACUAUAUGGGCGAUAUGGACAUGAAGGUGGCGGGAACCCGGCGUGGCGUGACGGCGAUCCAGGCCGACCUGAAAGUGCCCGGCAUCCCGUUGAAGGUCGUGAUGGAAGCGCUCCAAAAGUCGAUGGAAGCCCGCUUCAAGAUCCUGGACAUUAUGGACGAUUCGAUUGCGGCCACGCGCACCAUCCGUAAAGACUGUUGGCCGGUAACGGACCGGUUAGUGAUUGAAGCGAACCAACGUCCGAGGUUGCUCGGGAUGGGCGGCAUACAUCUGAGGCGCCUCUACCUCGAGACGGGCGUACAGCUGACGCAAGAGGACGAGACCAGCUUUCGUAUCUUUGCCCCGUCCGAUGCGGCCAUGCACGAAGCGAAGGAGCACCUGGAGGAGCUGCUUAAAACGGAGAAAGUUCCCGAGCUCGAGUUUGGCGCCAUCUACACCGCGAAGAUUGUGGAACUGAGAGACACGGGCGUGAUGGUGACACUCUACCCGUCAAUGCCACCGACACUGCUGCACAACUCGCAGCUCGAUCAGCGGAAGAUUGCCCAUCCAUCGGUACUCGGUUUACCGGUGGGAUCGGAAAUACAGGUGAAGUACUUUGGUCGCGACCCGGUGUCCGGGUUUAUGCGUUUGUCGCGCAAAGUACUGCAAGGACCGGCAACGGCCAUGAACCGGAAUCUGGAUCGGAUGAGCGGUGGCGGUAAUGGCGAAACGAAAACCACGUAA